CACAUCGUCAUGCUGCCGUAUUGGCUGCUGGGUUUCUUCCUGUUCAUCGUCGGCCUGGUGAUCCCCAUCCUCAUCACCCUGCACCACCUGCAGCUCAAAGACGUAUGCGCCCUUCAAUGCAAUGCACGCAACACACACAAGAACUGCCGUUUGUUUGUGCCAUGUGUGUUGAUGUGGUUGCUGGCGUGGUGCAGUACGGGGCGUCCCGUGUGUGGCUGUUUUACCUGGUGCUGGUGGCUGUGGGGAGCUUCGUGCUGAUCUUCCUUGAGCCCAUACUCAGAGGGGUACGGAAGGAAGAACACAUCAAAGAGAUGACGGAAUGGCAGUUGGUUCAUGCGCCACGGCCUGUCCGCCUUUUGUCUGUGCGAGUGUGUGCAGAUCAUCGGCAUAUUGCCCUUGGAUUUGUACUACGAGCUCAAGCUGGCACUCGUGUCAAUCCUUGUUGUCCCCAGAACAGGCGAGUUACCCAACCGACACACCUCAGUGUCUGUCUGAUGGAUGGAUGGAUGUUCGUCUGUCUGUCUGUCUGUAGGUAUGUUGGAGAAGCUGUUGAAGACGACCGAGGACGACUACGACAAGUACAUCAAGGUGGGGCUCGAGAACUGCCGCAAAAUGGUGAAAAAGAUCAAAGACAGCGGGAAGGAACUCCUCAACAAGAUGAAGUAGACAGGGUCCAGACGUACAGAUGGACGGACAAGUAGGACAGGGGCCGACCGUGUGUCUGUCUGUCUGUAUGGUAGCUACCUAGCUCGUAUAGCUGUCGGUUUCUGUAUGUCUGUGAGGGCGCUGUUGUUUUUAUCUCGCCGAUGGGGGUGUUCUUGGGGGGCUCUUUUUGAUUCAAUCAGUGGGUUUUUGCGUGCAUACGCAUGGCUGCUGUCUUUCACCGCUUUCUGCCUCCACGCCUGCCUGCCUGCCUGCCUGGCCUACGUGCCUCUUUCCCCCCCCCUCUCUCUCACCCCCUCUCUGUCUUUUGCUGUCUGUUCGCCAUCCCCGUCUCUCGUCUGUGGUGUGGUGUGUGAGCGGUGUGUACGGUGUGCGUACGUGCAUGUGUCAUGUACGUGCGCGUGUAGUGUACUGGUGGCCGGCUUGGUAAAGCCAACUCACGACGGAUGGAUGGAUGGAUGGAUGGGCGGGAGGACCUAGUCGUGAGAAAUGCAGGGGGCUCCAUGUGACUGACUG